AUGGAGAAGGUUCAAGCCUAUUUGUACGAUAGCCACUGGGAAGACAUUGGUACUAUCGAGGCUUUCUACAAUUCCAAUUUAGGGAUCACUAAGAAGCCAUUACCAGACUUCAGUUUCUAUGAUCGUUCCUCUCCAAUCUAUACACAACCUCGGUACCUGCCACCUUCGAAAAUGUUUGAUGCCAAUGUUACCGACAGUGUUAUUGGUGAGGGUUGUGUCAUCAAGAAUUGUAAGAUUCACCAUUCUGUAAGUGGUCUACAUGCAUAG